GAUCCAAUUAUUAAAAAUAAAAAUAAAUUUCAAAUUCAACGGGCAUGCGAAAAUUCAGAUAUGUUCAUUUCAAUUCUCAGAUACAGAAAUGGCAAAGGGAAACCCUAAACCGUCUCAGGAGAGGUGAAGGUGAAGGCAAAUCGGUUUGGUUGGUGGGAAAAUUGUUCGAAGGAAGAUGCAUUUCAUAGAAUAGACGCAGCAUUUGGGAAUUUUAUUUUAUUUUUUUUUUUGCAAGCAAUGGCUUCCGACGCUAGCGGCCAAUCGGAGAAGGAAAAGAUGGUGGCGACGUGGCUGGUGGUGGUGUUGGGGGUUUCUCUAUUAGGAUUGUAUUUGAAAGGCGAUGAAUUGAACCAAUGGAGGAGAAUCAGGGGAAAGAAGAAAAAGAAGAUACGCGUGUACAUGGACGGCUGCUUCGACAUGAUGCACUACGGCCACUGCAAUGCACUCCGUCAAGCUCGCUCUCUGGGGGACGAACUGGUGGUAGGCGUCGUGAGCGACGCGGAAAUCAUAGCGAAUAAAGGUCCCCCUGUUACGCCUCUCCACGAGAGGAUGAUCAUGGUUAAAGCCGUCAAGUGGGUGGACGAGGUGAUUCCGGACGCGCCGUAUGCAAUCACCGAAGGCUUCAUGAAGAAGCUCUUCGAAGAAUGUGACAUCGAUUAUAUCAUCCAUGGGGAUGACCCUUGUGUUCUUCCUGAUGGAACUGAUGCCUAUGCCCUUGCGAAGAAGGCUAGCCGCUACAAGCAGAUUAAGCGCACCGAAGGAGUCUCAAGCACCGAUAUAGUUGGGCGAAUGUUACUGUGUACGCGAGAGAGAUCAAUUAGUGAUAAUCACAAUCACUCAUCUUUGCAAAGGCACUUCAGCCAUGGUCAUAGCCCGAAAUUUGAAGACCGUGGAUCUGGAACUAGAGCUGGUACUCGCGUUUCUCAUUUUCUUCCUACUUCUCGCAGAAUUGUUCAGUUCUCCAAUGGCAAGGGGCCAGGUCCUGAUGCCCGCAUAGUUUAUAUAGACGGUGCUUUUGAUCUUUUUCAUGCUGGACAUGUUGAGAUCCUGAGGGUUGCUCGAGGGCUUGGAGAUUUUCUUCUUGUUGGAAUACACAAUGAUCAGACUGUCAGUGCUAAAAGAGGUGUGCAUCGCCCUAUUAUGAAUCUUCAUGAAAGAAGUUUAAGUGUUUUGGCUUGUCGAUAUGUGGAUGAGGUGAUAAUUGGUGCUCCAAGUGAAGUUUCUAAAGACAUGAUAACAACCUUUAACAUCUCUUUAGUAGCGCAUGGAACAGUAGCAGAGAACAUUGAGUAUGAGAAGGAACUGUGCAAUCCAUAUUCUGUUCCAAUUAGUAUGGGUAUCUUCAAAGUAUUGGAAAGCCCUCUGGAUAUUACAACUACCACAAUAAUUAGGAGGAUUGUAGCAAAUCAUGAAGCAUACCAGAAACGUAAUGAGAAGAAGACAGAAAGUGAGAAGAGGUAUUAUGAAGAUAAGACGUACGUAUCUGGUGAUUGAGCUGAGAUCGGACCACACAUGGACAGUUGGUGAUUGCUUUUAAUAUUUAUAGGAGUCGCGGGAAUAACCUGUACAAACAUUAUGUGGGGUUGUGAUUUUUUGUUGCAAUCCAAUUGUUAAGGUCACAUGCAAUUGAUGAGUUAGUUCUGAUAGGAAGUUUUUUUUUUUUUUUUUGGUUCUUAAUACGGCCCUUGGAAUUAGAUCCAAGGCGUUGAUAGCAAAAUUGACGAAUUGAAAUGUGGAUUUUAUUAGGAAAGCUAUGUAUUAUUAGAUAGAGCAUCAGCAGCUGGGCAUGCAUCUCAUAGGUUCAGUUAUCUUCAUGGAUAAGAAAUUAUUUUUUCGGCAUCGAUAAUGGAAAAUUUUACUAUUUAUUCA